AUCGCUCGAAAUAGAUUCUUCUUAGUAUAUCGACUCAUUAUGGAUUUUAGGAAAAUGUCCGGAAUAUUCAUUUUUGGAAUCUAAAAAUAAAAUUGGUCUCUUCAAAACACUCUCGAAGUGUAACAGUUCCAGGCUGGUCCUUGCAAGAGAGACGUCACUUUCCUGAUGGGGAAGACUCAAACCAACGUUGGAUGCAUUUUGCUUAGCGACUCCGAGAACCAGAUAUUAUUUGAAUGUCUUGGACAAGGUUGUACGACCAUUGCGUCUGGGGUGGUGGAGCUGUACCUGACGGAGCAGCAGGGUGGCUCCAGGUGGACAAGAUACGCCUGUGGGGUGGCCUGUCUGGUCAAAGACAACAAGAUGAGGACAUUCUUUAUACGGCUGUAUGACAUACAGGCGCAGCGGUUGUUAUGGGAACAAGAAAUAUACAUGCAGUUCCGUUACAAGACUCCACGAGAAUAUUUUCACACUUUCGAGGCUGAAUGUUCUCAGGCUGGGCUUAAUUUUGCCAGUGAAGAUGAAGCGAGGAAGUUUGAGGAGACGAUGGUGUCAAAACUGAAACAAAGACGCCGGCGUACUGAAAAACGUCGACAUGACAGACAGCUGCAAAAGGGCGUGGCUGAUACCCCCCAACAGACCGCCGAGGCCUGUGUCUACGCCUGUGACCUUCAAUCAGAAGCAGACGACACCAAACGUCAAGGCCGCUCAGAGGACAAAGACGGGCAAGAGGCUGAGCAAGGAGGACAUUAUUUAAUGAAGAUGUGUCCGUCUAAAAUGACCCAUAUCACCGAACCAGAGAUGAAGAGUCUACUCGAGACGAUCGGAAUUACAGACAGGGACCCCGACACCAUCGACUUCAUCUACGACUUUGUUGGGCGGAAUGGCGGCAUGCAUACCAUUCGCGAGGCAAUGGACAACAUGUCCAAAUCAGCCACCCCCUGCUGCUCCCACAACGUGCCCACCAUCGUCACGACCACCUCCCAGAUUCUCAAGCCAGACGCCCUCAAAAAACUACCGCCACCACCACCGCCAAAACAAACUGUUGCUCUAAAUCCACCCCAGAGAAACCCUCCUCCACCACCCCCUUCUGUAGUUUCUCAAGCGCCACUACCGUCUCCUCCCGCCCCACCCCAAGCUCCACCACCGCCUCCCCUUGCUCCACCCCUAGCGCCACCACCGCCUCCUCCAGCCCCACCCGUAGCUCAAUCACCACCUCCAGCGCCACUUCCCGGGGAUGAUGCAGCACCAAGUCAAUUACGCGCAAGCUUCUUGAAUGAUAUACAGACUGGCGUCACUUUGAAUAAGGUCGAAGUUGGAACGUCGGAUUUCAAGAGGAGGCAGUCUCGUGGUGACGGGCUAAUACCACCCCCCGCCGACGAAAGCAGCAAUAUUAUAGACAUGCUCCGCCAUGAAAUUGAAAAAAGAAAGGCUAUCAUUCAGGGGACAGAUGACGAAGAUUUUGACGCUGAAGGCUAUGAUCAGGACUGGGAUGAGGAUGAAAUAACCAGGAAGUUAUCGGGACAGACUGGCGACUUGGAUGCACAGAAUCUUACAAUGUCGGCCCAAAAUCGACAAAGGCCUGUCAACAGUUCAUGUAUUUUGCUGAAUAAUUCUGAAAACGAUUUACUGUUUGGAUGUCUGGGACGCGGGUGUACGACACUUUCCUCGGGGAUAGUGCAGCUGUACCUGUCAGACUCUCCUGACAAGUCAAGAUGGAACAAGCGCUUCGCUGGCGUGGUGGCGUUUGUGAAGGACAACACCAAACGUUCCUACUUCAUCCGCGUCUACGACAUCAGGAAACAACAGUUGCUGUGGGAACAAGAACUGUACAAUCAGUUCCGUUACAAGAGUCCAAGAGAGUAUUUCCAUACAUUUGAAGCUGAUCAAUCUCAGGCAGGGCUGAAUUUUGCCAGUGAGGAUGAAGCCUUGAAGUUUAAGAAUGCUGUGGAGAGCAAGUUGGCUGAGAGACAUCAUCGUAAAAUGCAGAAGACCCAGAGGAAGAAGAAUACGGGUGCCGUGGGUGCCAGACAAGCUCCACCUCCAGGAGGGGCACCUGCUCAGCCAAACAGACCAGCGCCAGCAAAUGCUCCGGUUACACUGAACAUUGUGGACUCCAACAAACAGAACGGUUCCAAGAAGAGCAACAAAGACAAGAAGGACAAGAAAGGGGGGCCGAAGAAACUGACCAAGGAGGACAUCAGUACCCCGACAGACUUCAGACAUGUCAGCCAUGUUGGUUGGGAUCCCGACAAGGGAUUUGAUAUGAACAACCUGGAACCGGACAUGAAGAUGUUGUUCCAGUCUGUAGGAAUUAAGCCUGAAGACCAAGUUGACAAGGAAACUCUCAACUUCAUCUACGACUUUGUUGAGAAGAACGGUGGCAUUGAAGCUGUCCGCAAAGAAAUGGCUGGUAGGCCCGCACCACCACCACCCCCUGCGUCUGUUGCACCUACUCCUCCAGCUAGACCAGGACCAGGACCAGGAGCAGGAGCCCCCCCACCCCCUCCUUCCAGGAACAGGACCUCCCCUCCCCCACCACCCACAUCGUCAUGGAGCACCUCCUCCUCCCAUAAAGAGUCCCAGCCAGAGGACAAGCACCCCUCCCCCAGGCCGCCAGGGCCCCCACUAGAGCACCAGCAAUGUCACCGCCCGCGCCUCCCCCGGUACCCUCACCAGCUUCUUGGCCCCCGAUGGGCAGUGCACCUCCACCCCCACCUCCACCCCUACAGGAGCCCCCCACCCCCCUCCACCACCACCACCACCCCCCACCGAAGCGAUACGGAUGCCCCUUCCCGGGCUGGCCCAGGGAAUGCCCGUAGUGGCCUGUUGUCCCAGAUCCACCAGGGUACUGCACUGAAGAAAGUGGAUCCUAGUGAGAAAAGUGGUGGACCUUCAGAUGCCCGGGGAAACCUCCUGAAGGCCAUCCAGGGUGGGGCCAACCUCAAGAGGGUGGAGCAGAAUGAAAAACAGGUCCAGAGUGAUGAUAGUGCGGGUCUUGUUGGAGCUUUGGCACGUGCCCUCGCCAACAGACAGAAACAUAUUCAUGGAUCAGAUGAUGAAGAUGACGAUGACGACGAUGACGAUGAAGGUGAUGACGAUGAAUGGGAUGACUAAGUGAUGUCACAGAUGACAUGGAGAUUUGAUAUGAAGCUUUCAUAAAUAUUUUUGCUUGUUUUGUUUUUUUUAAUCUUGGUGAUGGUGAUAUAUACCCUCCUUGUAGAUAUGUAUAUAUUCUCCAUGAAUGCAUCUUGUAUUGUAAAACAUAUUUUGAAAUUAUUUCCUGUCUUCGACUUUUAAUGUCAGAUUUGGUGUCUAUAUAAUCAAAAUUAAAGUGUUUUCAAUUCAUUUCUUGGUUGAAUUUGGGCCAGUGUGACAGUGUUUUUAUUUAUGGUAUUAAUUGAUAUAGGAGUUUGAUGAAAUAUGUUUGCUUGUUUGGAAAUUGAGUAAAUUCGCUUUAAGUUCGCUGAGUUUUUUCUUUCGUACAAGGUCAGUCAUGUGAGGAUCAGACAAGCCAUUGAUUAUUUUGUCCUUCAGACUUAACAAAACACAAAAAUAAUACAGGGUAAAUGCAUAUAUUUUUCACGGUACCAGUAGCCAUGGUAGCAGUAAGAUGAUCUUAUGAUGCAACACAACCAACACGAACAAAAUUUUCUCUUGGGCAAUUCAGUGGACUACGAUGCUCUGUUUCAUUUGUUUCAAAGGUCAGUAUGUACUACCUAUUAUGUAAAAAAAGGGCCAGAUUGUGAUAUUUAAGUGUUUGCAAGGUUAGUUUCAUUGCUUUUUUGUUAAUGUCUAAUGCUUGUUAUAUCAUGAUUAUGAUCCCCACUAAGUGCAGUUCUCGAAGGAGACCAAGGUCCCAAUCCACAAAGCGUUUGAAACGUUGCGACCAAUCGUAAGUCUAUACUUAUCAUAGGUUUAUGAAUGGCAUAAUGCUACAGACGUUUUGUGGAUAGGCUCCCUGAGUUUUUGGGACAUCAUGCUUUAUGUGAUUUUUUUUAGUUCAUAUCCAAGUACAAACUGUUUUUGUUUCAAGAAUAUUUGCACAACUGAUUGACCAAAAAGGUUUUUCAACAUUUCACUUACUGUAUUACUUACCCUUAGAGCAAUAAACACAUCAACGAUUGAA